AUGACGACGCUCAAUGUGCGUACGGGGCCGAUGCUCCGGUACGACACGGUCGACGUCGCGACGCACGUGUACCACGCCUACGCCAUGAUUGUAACCGACGAUGCGACGAGCGACUACUCGAUCGUGCCGACGCUGCGGCUGCGGUGGCAGGAGGUGGGCGCCGCGCACGGCUCGGCGCCCGCCGACGGCACCACGGCCAUCCGCGAGGACGACGCCACCGCCACGUCGCAGGCGGCGCGCAUCUACCAGUACCGCGGCGCCGAGGGCAGCUUCACCUUUUGGCGCUUCAAGAUCGAGAUCCCCAUGGCCGACACCCAGCUCGCCGUCGCCUACAGCAUCGAGGGCGAGGCGCACCCGGACUCUAAGUCCGAGGCCAUCCGCGGCAUGACGGGCCACACCUUCUUUGUGCCCGCCCGCGACCAAAACUUCCGCUGGGCGGGUCACAGCUGCAACGGCUUCAGCGCCAGCGUCGACGAGUCCGAGUUCAACGGCCCCAACCCGCUGUGGGACGACAUGCUGCGCGAGCACGCCCGCUCGCCCUUCCACGCCGUCGUCGGCGGCGGAGACCAGAUCUACUGCGACAAGCUCGUCCGCGAGCCCGAGAUCCAGCCGUGGAACGACGAAAAGGACCCAAAGAAGCGCAUGGCCACGCCCCUCACCGACGAGAUCCGCACCGCCAUCGACCGGUUCAUGUUCAAUUGGUACUGCCAGUGGUUUGGCACCGGGUCCUUUGCUCAGGCCAUCGCUCAGAUCCCCAUGAUCAACAUGCUCGACGACCACGACCUCAUCGACGGCUUCGGCACCUACCCGGACGACCUCAUGAUGGCGCCCGUCUUCAACUACAUCGGCACGCGCGGCUACUUUUUCUUCCUCCUCUUCCAGCUGUUUGUCGUCGACGACAUCGACGGCACCUCGGAGACCGACCACCCCAACCGCAGCAUGAUCAUCGGCGGAAAGGGCGUCUACAUGCCCUGGUACAACCACAGCCUCCUGUGCUACCUCGGCCCCAAGCAGUACAUCCUCCUCGUCGACUGCCGCUCCGAACGCAAGGUCGACCAGAUCUGCACCGAGUACACCUACGGCCGCGUCUUCGACGCCAUCCGCCGCAUGCCCCCCGGCGUCGAGCACCUCACCAUCCUCCUCGGCGUGCCCCUCGCCUACCCGCGCAUGGUCUUCCUCGAACGCACCCUCUCCUCGUCCCUCAACCCCAUCGUCAUGCUCGCAAAGGGCCUCUCGCCAGGCUUCACCAACAACUUUAACGGACAGGUUGAGCUCCUCGACGACCUCGGGGACCACUGGUGUGCCGGUCCGCACAAACGGGAAAGGAACGCACUUAUUUCGGCGGUCCAGGACAUCGCUCUAAGCCAAAGAUUGAGGAUCUCCUUCAUGAGCGGCGACGUCCACGCUGGCGGCGUCGGUCUCUUCUAUCACCGCUCGUCUAUCGCGCCAAGCGCCGACUCGCGCUACAUGCUGGCCGUGAUUACGUCCGCCAUCGUCAACACACCACCCCCGCCGCAGGUCAUAUCGCUUUUGAACCGCCUCGCAAAGAAGAAGCACAAGAGUCUAUUCUACAUACACACCAAAGAGACGAUGGUGCCCCUUUUCGAGGAAGAUCUGGAGGGCAAGAAGCUCAAGACGGACAAGUACAUUAUCGGCGCGCGCAACUGGUGCGCCGUGACGCUUCAAGAGCAGACGGGCGAGCUCGAGUUUGACCUGCGCGUCGAAAAGGUGCGAGGUGGGGGCGAGACCAAGAGCUACGCCGUCAAGGCGCCGCCUCCGCGCUGGGAGGUGCCCAAGGAGCACCACCACUUUUUCCACCACCACAAGGAGGCCAACCCGCAGGCCGCGCCCCCGGCAACUCAGAAUGCGGCCGCGGCCUGA